AUGAACAAAUUUACUGAGGUUUCACGAGACAAGUUGCCCGACUACCAUGUCGAGGCAAUUGUUUACCAACAUAAUAAGACUGGAGCCACAGUUGUUAAAAUGUUAUCGAAAGAUCCGAACAAAGUAUUUUCAAUAGCUUUCCGGACUCCAGUGACCAACAACAAGGGGAUAGCUCAUAUUCUUGAACACUCGACAUUGUGUGGGAGUGAUGCGUUCACAACCAAAGAACCUUUUGCUGACUUGAACAAGGGCAGUCUCAAAAAUUUCUUAAAUGCAUUUACCAUGCCAGAUUCUACUAUGUAUCCCAUCGCCUCAACUAACGACAAAGACUACCAAAACUUAAUGAAAGUGUAUUUGGACGCAGUCUUCUUCCCUCGAGUUCGAAAGGAUAUCUUCCCGUUCUAUCAAGAAGGGUGGAGAUGGGAAAAGAACGAACAAGGGGAGUUGACUGUGAACGGUGUUGUCUACAAUGAAAUGAAAAAUUCAGAGACAAGUCCAACGAGCAUCUCAGAGAGAAAGAUAAGAAAGACGAUGUUUGAGGGAACAUACAGUCACGAAUCCGGUGGAAUCUCUAAUGCAAUCGAAACAUUGAAAUAUGAGGAGCUCCAAGAAUUCCAUAAAAUGCAUUAUAAUCCAACGAACUCAAUCACUGUGUUGUACUCUCCAAUGUCUUUACUUAAAAAUGAAAUGGAGAUAUUGGAUGGGUACUUCGACCAAUUCGAGAAAACAGAACCGUCACAUGUUAUUGAUGAAAGCACUGGUGUUAAAGGGCAAACAAUAGAAGUGGAGUAUCCAAUUAACCAAGAAGACCCCGAAGAAGGAAAGGACGUGUUUAUGUAUGCUUGGAGAAUUAAAGACAUGACAGAAGAGACUAAAUUUGGGUUGGGUGUUGUGGGGAGACUUUUGGUGAUGACUGAAGGAAGUCCGUUGAGUGAAAAAAUUAAGGCCCUUGGAAUUGGAAAGAAAGUGUCUUAUAGUUUCGACACAGACUAUAAAAGUCCGUUGUUCAUCAUCGUUGUCACAGACGCUGUUUCCGACAAGUUUGAAGAGUUCAAAACAGUUGUGCGAAGUGAAUUAGAAAAAAUUGUCAACGUUGGGUUUGAUGUCACCCGAGCAACUUCCGUUUUGAAUGUCGAGGAAUUUGAUUUGAAGGAGUGUGCGUUCAGCAACUACCCCAAAGGAAUCAUUUUUGCGUUAGAAGCGACCAUUGGGUUUGUCCAUGAGUUGAAAGAUAUCUUUACUGAAUUCCGUGUGUCUGGUACGCUGAAGAAAGCACGACAGAACUUACACAACAAAUUCUUUGAGCAGUUCAUUCAGACGUAUUUAUUGGACAAUGACGACUUUGUAGUAUCGAAGUGUGCGCCCAAUAAAUUGCUUUUGAAACAAAUGGAGGAAGAAGAAAAAGAACGACACAAAGUUAUGAGCAGUACAUUUACCGAAGAGAAAAUGACUGAAAUUGUGAACAUCUCUGAAGAGCUCAAAAGACAGCAACAGGCUGAAGAUACUCCGGAACAAGUCGCAACAAUUCCACAACUCCAUUUGAGCGACAUUUCAAGAGAGGGUACUGAUAUUACACUCGAGAAAGUUGACAACUCCGUUGUGACAUACAGAAAGUUGAAUUCGACAAAUGGGAUUUUGUACUUCGACUACGCCUUUAACAUCAACGACUUCACCCUCGAAGAGGUCUGUGCCGCAAACUUCUUGGCGUAUAUGAUGAAAGCAUUUAACACCGAGAAACACACGUUCAAAAUGUUGAACGCACUCGUUGAUAUCAACUUCGGAGCUUUGAUUUUUUCCGUCUCGACGUGUUCAAACAGAAGAAUUGGCGCACCGUUUUCAGAGACUUCAAAAGCAAAUCCGGUCUUCAGCGUGAGUGGGAAGAUGUUAUACAAUUUUAUUGAAGAUGGCGUGAAGGUGAUCGGAGAGAUUUUGAACGAAAUUAAAUUCGAGAAGGACGUUUUAAAGAAGAAACUCGAUGAGAACAUAGCGACACUUGAAUCCACAAUGAAAUCGACGCCAUUUAUGGUGAUGGUGUGUCGUAUGGAAUCGUAUCUUACCUCUUCUGGUGUGUUAACUGACGAAAUGCGUGGGGUAAACAACUAUAGACGACUCGUCAAAAUCAGAGACAACUUUGACACUGAAGGCGAAGCCUUUUUGAAUGAACUGGAGAGCGUGUAUAAAAAGAUCUUCUGUCCGUCACGCGCAACACUCUAUUAUUCGUGCGACGAAGAAGAGAAAGACACGGUUUUGAAUCAAAUAAAUGAACUCAACGCGUUCAUGAGAGGCACGCCUCAUGGGACAGAAAUUGUUUACCCGGCACCAGUCGCAAGAAAUGAAGCGUUGGUUGUCCCUUCAAAAGUGAAUUUUGUUGGGAAAGGAUUCAACUUCAUCCAAAUGGGUGUCGAAUACAAUGCCGCCUUGAGAGUGCUUAUGGAAAUAGUCGAGAAAGGGUAUAUGUGGGAUAAGGUGCGAGUGAAAAUGGAGCGUAUGGUGCAUGACCCACACGUCUACGAGACUUUGGAUUUGUACGACGGGCUCAUUGAAUAUCUCGAAAAUUUCAACCUAAGUGAACGUGAAAUCGAGACGUAUUUGAUUGGAAUCUUUGCAGACAUCGACUCGCCACUGAACCCAAGUGCUUUGUUCGAAACAUGUGUCUUUUCUCAUAUGAAUAACACAACAGACAACUUCCCCGAGACCCGAAAACAGAUGUUUGAAAUCACCUUGGAAAAGUUGAAAGAACAAGCCAAAGUCAUCAUCGACGGGAUUAAAAAGAGCGUUGUGUGUGUCAUCGGCUCUGAGGAACAAAUAAAGAAGAGGGAGGGAGUAUUUAAUGAGAUUAUUCCUGUGUUCAAAACUAACUAA